GACACUAUAUGCUCUUGUAAAUGUAUUGUUAUUUUAAAUUUUUUAUUUUUAUUUUUUCAAAAUUUUGGUUAAUUGAUUUUUCUGACUUUCUGGCUACACAAUGAUUUCCCAGCAUUUGAAGAUUUGGUGGAAAAAGAACUGCAUGCGUCAGGCUGUCAAGUAAAUCUCUACCUCAAGUCCUCCAGCCCAUUCUAUGGUCACUUGACAUUUUCGAGUUGUUAAGUUAGUAGAGUGGCUAGUUGAGUUAUAAAUAAUUAGAAUACCAUACUAAAUGUUAGAUACUUAAUAAAAGCAAAAAAUGUCUGGCGAUAGCUCGGCAGCUAUGAAGCUGUUUAUCUUUAACAGGAAGUGUAACUGCGUGUGGUAAGUCAAAGCAGUAGUGCGCUAAGACAAGGCAAGCAUCACAAACAGGAAGUCUUUGUCAUCCAUCAGGGCCUCUAAAAGUGAACUAUAUUGUGCUUACCAGUUUGUUGGAGGGUGGUUUAGUGCUAAAAAGACGACUGCCAAUGGCCCAGGCAAGGAAUCCAAGCUUUGGGCAAAAUGUGAGCACCAACUCUGCCCUGCAAAGGCUGGACAAUUUGGCCAGUCGCUUUUUUAACAAGUAUCGCAAAGGAAACCAGGAAAAAUCACAAGAAAGUGAUGGCCCGCAUGUUUCUGAGUACACCAUCAUUUGGGAUGGAGCAAUGAAAGAAUUUUUAGACAAAGCCAAAGAUGAAUUCUUGAGGAAAUGGGAGUGUCCACUCCAGAGCACAACAUGUCUUGAUGACUUUGAAAGGCUGAAAACUCUGGGUACAGGUUCUUUUGGGAGAGUUAUGUUAGUGAAACAUAGAGAAACAGAGCAGUACUAUGCUAUGAAGAUUUUGGACAAGCAAAAAGUGGUAAAGCUGAAACAAAUAGAACACACAUUAAAUGAGAAAAGAAUAUUGCAAGCAGUGUCUUUCCCUUUCCUUGUUCGUUUGGUAUAUGCUUUCAAGGACAACUCAAACCUCUAUAUGGUUAUGGAGUAUGUCCCUGGUGGAGAGAUGUUCUCACAUCUAAGACGAAUUGGAAGAUUUAGCGAGCCACAUGCAAGGUUCUUUGCGGCACAGAUCGUACUCACGUUUGAGUACCUCCACUCUCUAGACCUAAUCUACAGAGACCUGAAGCCUGAGAAUCUUCUCAUUGAUCAACAUGGGUAUAUUCAGGUCACAGAUUUUGGCUUUGCUAAAAGAGUAAAAGGCAGAACUUGGACAUUGUGCGGCACACCAGAAUACCUGGCUCCAGAGAUCAUUCUUAGCAAGGGCUACAAUAAAGCUGUGGAUUGGUGGGCUCUCGGUGUUUUGAUCUAUGAAAUGGCAGCAGGCUACCCACCUUUCUUUGCUGACCAGCCCAUCCAGAUUUAUGAGAAAAUUGUAUCUGGCAAGGUGAGAUUUCCCUCUCAUUUCAGUUCAGACCUAAAGGACCUGCUGAGGAAUCUGCUUCAGGUUGACCUCACAAAGCGCUUUGGCAAUCUAAAAAAUGGGGUCAAUGACAUUAAAAAUCAUAAGUGGUUUGCUACAACAGAUUGGAUUGCCAUUUAUGAGAAGAAGGUGGAGGCACCCAUCAUACCAAAGUGCAGAGGGCCAAGUGACACAAGCAACUUUGAUGAUUAUGAUGAGGAGGAAAUCCGGAUCUCAGAAACGGAAAAGUGUGCAAAGGAAUUCUUAGAGUUUUAGUGAGAGGGUACUCAAAGGGCUCUAGCAUAAUUGGGAUAUUCUUUGGGGGUUUUUUUGUUUGUUUUUUUGCACUCCUUCAAAGGUGAGAGUGAAGCUGUGACCAUCAUGUGUGUUUAAAUUGUCUCACAUUUCCUCAUCCCAUGAGGCUGGGAGAAAUUCAUGAGUGCCAUGAUCUGUGUAGUUAUACACAGGCAGGCAGUGCAGUUUCUCUUUAGGGAUGCCACACAAAGCACCCUUAGUUUUUUGUGUUCUGUUUUGAAAUAUGUCAUAAAUUUUCAAGAUUAUUGUAUUCUUCCUGUUAUUCUAAAAUAUUAUUAUGAUUAUGAUUAUUAUUAUUAUUAUUUGAUAUUUAUGAAAAGGGAAGAGGCCAGUUACUCUGAUUUGUGGUGAAGCAGAUGUAUUAAUUUUAGUCUGUGAAAAUGCACUUUUAAGGAUUGGUGCUGCUUGUUCUUGCCAGCAACAUAUUUUGUCUGUUACCUGUUAAUUCAGUUUUUUUUAUUUUUUAAGAUUCAUGUUGUACCACAGAUGUCUCACCCCUGAAUGUAUGUGUAUGUCUCUGUGUCUGCAUAUACAUGGCACGCACACAGACGUUGGAGGAAGUGUGCAUGUGUGUGAAUGGAUGUAUGUAGAGGGGGGAAAAAAACUGUUGUAAGAGGUGAUUUUAUUAUUAUUUUUUAUCUGCUAAGUACACAAUACUAGGCAAGGCGCACACAUGGCAAAUCCCAACUAUUAGGUCAGUACAUUUCAGUAAUGUUACAUAAUAUAUGUUACUGCAAGCAAGGUUCUAGAAGAUUAUUGAUUAUUUCUGAUAAAAGAUUAAUACACCAGCAUGAAUAUGACAGGCUUUUACUCUCUGAAGGCAUGUCACCUGGUUUCAGUGCAACUGCAACUUGUUUAAAUUAUUCUGGAAUAAAUUGUCCAUGGGUUUUAUACACUUUGAUUUAGGGUUUUUUCUUUCUUUCUCUUCUUUUUCUUUGUAAUUUACAUUCCCAUCUAUAUUGUUUAUUUCAUCAAUUCAACCAAAAUGCAGUUGUAACUAGUGUGUACAGCCAAACAGUAGUUAUAAAGUGGCGGUUACAUUCAGCACAAAACCAUUUGCUGACUGGAUGGUCAGCUCUUUGGUGAUGUUAAUUAUUCCAUGUUUCAAUUUCUUUAUGAAUCUAUCGAUCCUUUCAAAAGAUGGCUUAUAAAUGUAAUGUUCUAUUUGUCAAGUUGGCCUAACAAAGAAGGCAGUGUAUUUUUAAUUUAUUGGAAUGUUUAGUACUUGACACUCCCAAAAACAAUAUUUAAAGGUAAUAAUUUAGUAUUUCACUUGUCAGUGUGGGCUGUAGUAUGCAAUGUCUAUGUAUUUAGUUUUUGUAUGAUAAUUUGCACAAUGUCAUUUAGAAAGCUGCCCCUUCCCCACAUUAUUACAUGUAUUUUUAAGGGAUGUGUACACCUCUUCGCUGUAGCAUAUUUUAUGUAUCAAAUGAUAUGUCACUGUUAUGAAUAAACGAAAAUGCUUUGUAA